CCCAACUAAAAUUUGGCGCCCUGUUCUCUUCUAUUCUUCUCUUUCUCAAUUUUGCUUAGUUGUCGACCGUCUGCACCUACUUUACUGCAAAGCAGAUAAAUAAGCUAGCGGCUGCCAAUUACCAUGCCCAUCAUCUUCUCCACCAAUACACCACAAGGCCAGAAUUCGAAGUAAAAUAUUCUGAAGCAUGGCGUUCGCUGGACGUUCGGUCUUCCUGUCCCAUAAAGAUAGUAUAGGAAAUGCUUGUAUUAGGUUGGGACUUAAAAGUGAUGAAAGGCUUCAGAAGGGAAGGAUGGUUGGUUUUCAUGUGGUUGUGAAAUUUUCCACCCAGAGAAGAAAAUCAAGAUACUGCCAAUUCAUUAGUGCUAAAAGAAACUUUUCUGGUUUGGGUUCAAAGCGUUCUUCACUGCUCUCUAGCAGGACGGAGGAGGCUUUCUCAGAACAAAGCACGAAAACUAGUGAGCCCGAGAUGGGACGCGCGAUUGAUUUGAUGAUUGAAGAAGUACUGAGUGUUAUUAAAGAGUGGAGCCAGUUACAUUUCAUGAAAGUAGCUGGUUUACUGUUGUGCACUUUCAUGGUCAUCCCAUCAGCCAAUGCUGUCGAUGCUCUCAAAACUUGUGCCUGCUUACUUAAGGAAUGCAGGGUAGAACUUGCGAAGUGCAUCGGAAACCCAUCAUGUGCUGCCAAUAUUGCUUGUUUGCAAACUUGCAAUAAUCGACCAGAUGAGACUGAAUGCCAGAUUAAAUGUGGUGACCUGUUUGAAAACAAAGUCGUAGAUGAAUUUAAUGAAUGUGCAGUGUCGCGAAAGAAGUGCGUACCUAUGAAAUCUGAUGUGGGAGAAUUUCCUAUCCCAGAUCCUGCUGCUCUUGUUAAAAGCUUUGAUAUGUCGAAGUUCAAUGGAAAGUGGUUCAUUACAAGUGGCUUGAAUCCCACCUUCGAUGUAUUUGAUUGCCAAUUGCAUGAAUUCCAUACAGAAUCUAGCAAACUUGUAGGGAACUUGUCCUGGAGAAUAAAAACCCCAGAUGGUGGCUUUUUCACUCGAUCAGCUGUGCAGAAAUUCGUGCAAGACCCAAACCAGCCCGGCAUUCUAUACAAUCACGACAAUGAAUAUCUUCACUAUCAAGAUGACUGGUAUAUUCUAUCGUCUAAGAUAGAAAACACACCGGAAGACUACAUUUUUGUGUACUACCGUGGAAGAAAUGACGCAUGGGAUGGAUAUGGUGGUGCUGUUGUAUACACAAGGAGUUCAGUUUUGCCAGAAAGCAUUGUUCCCGAACUUGAAAGAGCAGCUAAAAGUGUGGGAAGGGACUUCAGCAAGUUUAUCCGAACAGACAAUACUUGUGGACCUGAGCCUCCGCUCGUAGAGAGGUUGGAAAAGACAAUUGAAGAAGGGGAAAGGACCAUUAUAGAGGAAGUUAAACAGAUAGAAGGGGAAGUUGAAAAGGUUGAACAAACUGAGUUGACAUUGUUUCAAAAGUUACUGGAAGGGUUUAACGUGCUUAAACAAGACGAGGAGAACUUCUUGAGAGGUCUUUCGAAAGAAGAGAUGGAUCUGCUGAGCGAGCUAAAAAUGGAAGCUGGUGAAGUAGGAAAACUGUUUGGAAAAACUCUUCCGCUGAGGAAGCUAAGAUAAUUGAGUGCUAUGAAACGGUCAGCUUCUUGCUUCUUGUUUAUACUUUAUACCAUAUUGUAAUUUAUUUAUUUUUGCAGAAUGUAAGCUGAUAUUACAGGUUAUUCUUCUCUCGAGCUAGCUAUAUAUGUUUCCAAUUGGUUUUA